AUGCAGCGAAAAAGGGAUAACGCGUGUCGUGUACUCGUUAACAAGUCAAACCCACACCCACAACGCGUUCAAGUCCAAGAGAUAGAGAGGAUGAGCGAGUGGUCAGAGUUCAAAAAACUGGCAAGGACACAUCGGCGAUCCGACAAGCAGGCCCCACCCAAAAGCCAAACUUUUAGCCAUCGCGGCGUGGCGUUGGCUGACAAAGCAACAUCACCACCUGGCACCAGAGCUGAAUGGGAUACCAUGAGGUUGAUGACAAAUAAAGCAAGAGAUGGGAUGAUGGGUUUAUUGGUAGUGAAGGUGGAGAAUGGCCGGUGUCGAGAGAGUGGGAUGAGAGAGUAUUGGUUUACUCAGUGGUGGUCGACGAGGCGUAAGCUCGGCAAACAGGUCGCCCGAAUCCAACCUGUCCCUCUCCUCCCUCCUCCUUCUUAUGCACACCCGCAUGAUGCUCCACGCGACUCCCAUCCUUUC